UUUUGGCAAUCAACUCUAGUUACAAACUCUCCUAAACGUUGAUUGCUAAAGUUGCCUGACAUUCGAGAUUUAAUAUACGAAUAAAGUAGCUCAUCUGCGCCAUGUCGGACCAGUUGCUUCGUUGGUGUGUGGAUCAGCUGAAUCACACAUUUGGUUUGGAAGCAAGCGAUGAUAUUGUCGAGUACAUGCUGUCCAUUGACAACGGGGAGGAGCUGGCAGAGUACGUCGGGGACUUGGUGCAAGGUAACGAUGGGAAGAAGAAGCAGUUCAUCGAUGAGCUGCUGGCGCGGUGGCAGAGGGCCCGUUGUCUUGUCCCAGAAGGGGCCGGGCUACUCCUCGGCCGAGAAACGUCUGCUGAAAUGCAGGAUGUGGCCAAAGACUUGCUGAAGAAGACCAAGCGCAAAGGGCGAAACAGACAGGAGCUGCUGACCGUGAGUGAGCCAGAGCCGGCCCCUGAGGUGGUGAAGACGCCCAUUGACCUGCUGAAGGUGCAGGAAAACUCUUCUGUGAAGAAAAAGAAUAAGUUUGUGAAUCUCUACACCAAAGAUGGACAGGAAAAGCUGACCAUUCUGUUGCCAGGGCGACAUGCUUGUGAAUGCCUGGCUCAGAAGCACUGCCUCGUUAACAACUGCAUGACCUGCGGACGCAUUGUGUGUGAGCAAGAAGGGUCCGGGCCCUGCCUCUUCUGUGGGGCCCUGGUGUGCACCAAAGAGGAGCAGAAGAUCCUGGAGAGAGACUCGAACAAGAGCCAGAAACUGCGCAAAAAACUGAUGAAUGACCACGCCCGGCAGAGUGACCUGCUGCCGCACGAGGAGGAGCGAAUCAAGGCGGGGCUGGAGAAAGCACUCCAACACAAAGACAAGCUGCUGGAAUUCGACACCAACAGUGUGCGGCGUACACAGGUGCUGGAUGAUGAGUCGGACUACUUCUCCACGGACUCCAACCAGUGGCUGUCAACGGGGGAGAGGGAGGCUCUGCGCAAACGCGAGGCCGAGCUUGGCGAGCUACGCCACGCCUCUCGCAAGGACAGGAAGAUCACGUUGGACUUUGCUGGCCGACAGGUGCUGGAGGAGGGAGACAACCUGAGCCAGUACUACAGCAGGUUUGACGAAGCUGUCCAGGCCAUCAACACAGGAACCCUGGUGACCUCAUCUCAACGGACCGACAACCCUCCACCCAGAGAGCUGGUCAACCCCACUAUCCUGCAGGCUGCUCCACAGUGGGUGGACAUGGGCAGCCGUGCGGCACGGCAGAAGCCCCAGGAGAGGGCCGUGUGCAGUGAGGCGGGGCCGGGGCGCGCCCGUCUGCGGCUGCAGGACCGUGAGCUGCAGGAGAUGUCUGACGGGGGCUGGUGCCUCAGCAUGCAUCAGCCCUGGGCUUCACUCCUCGUCCUGGGAAUCAAGAGGGUGGAGGGCAGAUCGUGGUACUCCUCUCACCGGGGUCGUCUGUGGAUCGCUGCUGCCGCCAAGAAACCCUCCCCACAGGAGAUCAGCCAAGUGGAGUCUCAGUACCGCCAACUCUACAGGACAGAGCUGCAGUUCCCCAAACAAUACCCCACUGGCUGCCUGUUGGGGUGUGUGAAUAUGACUGACUGUCUGUCCCAGGAGCAGUACAGAGACCAGUUCCCUAAUAGCUGUGAGGAGUCCAGCUCUCCUUUUGUGUUCAUCUGUUCUCAGCCACAGGAGCUAUUCAUCAAAUUCUCCAUGAAGGGGAAACACAAGAUCUGGAAGAUGGACAGUCAGAACCACCAGGGAGCUCGGAAAGGCCUGAAGCCAUCUCCCAUCUUGUGUGCCUGAGAGAGUGAGGGACCAGGCACUCUUGGGACACCGAACCAACACUUACACCCCUGAACCCUUGCCAUUGUCUCAUCUGCACACACCUGGGCCCAAGUCAAAUACAAAGCCCCCAGUCUCAACACUUGUGCAACCUUGCUGUGACAUUAUGUGUGCAUAUCCCACACAGGGCUGUGAUUGGCUGAAAGUGAUGACUGAUUCUGGCUUGUGGUAAUUCUUUUAAAAAAAGAAAAUUGACUAAAAAUUUUAAUAAAUGGAAGGAUUACA